GUCGGUCAUUCAUUUAUUACAAGAUUGCAACGCUUCUGUUUACACAUUAUUCUCGGUAUAGCCGCUUGGUUUGUUUUAAUUUUGGAGCAUAAAUUUUACCUUUGAAAGAUUGUUAAAAGCAGUGCUUGAAAACUUAUGUACGAAUGCCCGUAAUAGUGGGGUAAAAUGACGAUUUUUAAACUUGAACGUUUCCCUCACGUCUGCCGGUCCUGUCUGCAACCGAGAGCCAAAGAAGAUAUUACCGUACUGAGCGAAUACAGCGAAAAACACGGUUCCAAACUAAUUGAUGUUCUGGACGAACUGACCUUUCCUAUUCCUAAGGAAUUAGAUGCUUUAACGCCUGGCGGAAUUUGCACGCAUUGUUUAGCGGAUCUGGACCGUUUUCUGGACUACAGGAAACGACUCAACUACGUGUUGAAAUUUAUCUUUGGCCUAGCUCAGAUAAAAAACGGCAACGUUACAACUCUAAAGGAGCUGUUUAAUGAUGAUAAUGAUUACAUCCUUUCGCUGCUGAGGGAGCUUCGCAUUUUGGAGAAAGACGAAUUACGAUUGGAUGAUUUAUUGAGUGAAUUCUCCAAGUAUGAGAUAAGUUCGAUGACAGACGUUAAAAAAGAAAGCCAAGAUGAUGAUUUCAAUACGGACUUUUUGGAAGACUCGCUAGUCAAGGUAGAAGUCGAUGAAGGAGGCAUGCUGGUUGAAUAUCUUGAAACGUCUGCUAAGCGCAAAAGGGGUCGCCCCAAAUUAAAAACCAACGACAGCGUGAAGACGAAGAAAAAAGUUGGCCGACCAAGAAAAAUUAUCGAAGCUUCAGAUGAAGACGAUGAAGCUUUGGAGCAGUCCAAGAAUGCAUCAGACCAGCUGCAGGAUAUUCUAGCCGAGGAAGAAAUGGAAGAGAAUGAUAUGAUAAUCGAGCGGCUGUCGAACGCGUCCGAACACUUUGUCGAUCAUGAUCUGACAGAAAUUCUUGAAAACACUGACAGUCAAUUUCAGGACGAUAUCGACUCUGAUGGUGAGUUUCAGCUGGAUGAAUCCUUGCUGUCGGAGAGCCGCCCGCGGCAGCACCGACGAAUUUCGCACCGGGGUCAAAAGAAAGGUGAUCUGCAGCAGUGCACUAAGUGUAAAUUUAAAACUUACUACCCAAAGACGUUUAAAGCACACAUGGAUAAACAUAUACAAAGGGAACAUUAUCCGCAGACUCAAAGAUGCAAGCGAUGUGAUUUACACUUCGACACGAAGAAAGAGCUGGACAAACACAAACGCCUCGAGCAUCGCGAUUUCAUGUGUGACACCUGCGGGUUAUCGUUCGAGCAAAAGUUUGCGCUGGAAACGCAUCGAAAACGCCAUGAAAAUGUCCGUCAGUUCAAGUGUGAGUACUGCCCUAUGGAGUACUACACGCGACCGGAAAUGCUGCUGCACGUGAAGCAGGUGCACUUGAACGCCUUCCAGGUCAAGUGUACCGAUUGUGGUUUAAGCUUUAAGACGAAAUCGACCCUGAAUCAGCACAUCAAAACUCACACCAACCAGCGAACGCACACUUGUAGCGUUUGCGGGUACGGCUUUAAAUCAUACACCCACUUGAAUCGGCAUAUCAAAUCGGUGCACCAGGAUGUGCGGUAUAAUUGCGAGCACUGUGAAAUAUCUUACGGCCGGAAGGAUAAAUUACGGAUGCACAUGGAAAAGGUGCACAAUAUUCAAACCUAUUUUGUUUGUGAGAUUUGUCUGCAGUCUUACAAUGCGAAGGAUAAACUGGAUGAGCAUAAAGCUCAUCAUGAGAAUCCCAAACCCUUGCAGUGUGGCAUCUGCCUAGCUGCAUAUAUGGCACAGGAUGAGUUCGACAAUCACCUUUGUAUCACUUACAAAGAAAAUUACAUCUGUUGCAAUCGCGACUUCAAAUAUCAUUUUUACUAUAACAAGCACAUGUUUUUGGCUCACGGUAUGAAGACCAAUGUUAGAGUCAAACCAGCGGAAGGUUUACUUCUGGGACAGGUUCGAGCCAUGAGGAAACAAGCCGAGCGGUGUCCGAAAUGUGAGCAAGAAUUUCCUACCCGUAAUCAGAAGAAACAGCACAUGAUUUCGUGCCGCGGUCCAAACACUGCCCUGGCGGUACAUUGUGCGAACGAUGAUUCUUCCAUCAUAGUGCCAGGUCCUGCGUCUACGGCGACCUCAACCACAACCUACGAAAUCGAGUUUAUCGAAAACUUCGAAAAUAAAGAUAUUGUUGUGCACAAGGUGGAAGCUAUCUAGAGCGCGGUUGUAAAGUGUUGAUGGAAGGAGUACGUGUGAGAAAACGAAAUUGCGAUGUUAAAUUUUAUUCCUCUAUCGUAAAUAAUAAAACAACAAUAAACGCUUCAAGAAAA